AUGAAUCAUUGUGUUUACUUAAUUUUCUUAAUUCUAUUGUUCUUCAUUGUGGCUAAAACUGGCAGCCAAUUGGUGGUAGUGGGAGAAGGAGGAGGAGAUGAUACUUAUAAUGAUGUUAACAUGAAAAAAAAGUGUUUGGAUAAGGAGAGACUGGUUCUACUUCUUUUCAAAGCUCCCCUUCAAGACCCAUAUGGCCAUCUCUCUACAUGGAUAGCUGAUAAACAUGAUUGCUGUGAAUGGAAAGGAGUCAUGUGCGAUGAACAAACAGGUCAUGUCACAGAGCUUGAUAUGAGCUUUUAUAGUCUUGGAGAGUUUGGAAACCUCACCAACUUGGAAGUUCUUCGACUUGGAAAUGUUGAAAGGUGUAGAGUUGAAAAGGUAGAGUGGUUGUCUCAUCUCUCUCAUUUGGAAGAACUUGAUAUGGAUGGGAUUUCACUAGCAAAAGCAGAUCAUUGGGUAGAUGUAAUUUCGAGUCUCCAAAAACUAUCAGUUUUAAGUUUAGAGGGAUGUGAGCUGUCACAGGUCAUGAAUCCAUAUUCUUCAUUUCUCAAUUCUUCUUCUUCAUCUAUUGUUAAGCUUUAUCUCAAUGACAACAAUCUCAACUCGUCCAUGUAUCGUUGGUUGUUCCCAUUAACCAGCAAUAGCAUUCAAAUCCUUGAUCUUACCAGCAACAUGUUAGAUGGGAUACCCAAAUAUCUUGGUAACCUCUGUAAUCUAAAAACUUUUUACUUCGAUAACAACUCUGCGGUUGUCAAAUUUCCUGAUUUUCUCCACAACUUGUCUGGAUGCACAUCCCUUUCAUUACAAAGAUUUUAUGCUACAAGAAGCCAAUUUACAGGUCCAUUUUCCGAUGAGAUCCAAAACUUUUCAUCCCUAAUAUGGUUGUACCUAUCUGAUAAUCAUUUAAAUGGAAGUAUAAGUGAGAAACUGUGGGAACUACCCAGCCUUGAAACUGUUAUUGUUUCCUUUAAUAAUGUUACAGCUCCUUCCACAUCUCACCUGUCAAGCCUUUCUUCUAUACAGUCCAUUGAUCUGCGUUCUUCCAAUAUAGGGCCUCUCUUCCCCAAAUGGAUUCAGACACUCAAAAAUCUCACCCGUCUUGAUCUUUCCAAUUCUGGAAUUUCAGACACAAUUCCUCUGGAGUUUUGGGACACGUGGCCUUCUCGUUUAGGUUAUCUGAAUCUUUCUUCCAACAACAUUAGCACAAAAGUACCAGAUUUAUUAUCAAAUUUUGCCAACACUUCGGUGAUAGAUUUGAGUUUCAACAACUUUUAUGGUUCAAUUCCAAAUGUUCCUUCCAUUUUGUCAACAUUAGAUCUGUCCAGAAACAAAUUCUCUGGAGGAAUCUCCUUCAUAUGUCAAAUUGUUGGUGGGCCAUUAUCUUUUCUUGAUCUCUCUCAUAACUCCUUAACCGGACAACUCCCGGACUGUUUGUGGCAUUUCGAACAUCUAGAAGUUCUUAAUCUCGGACACAACAAUCUAUUUGGAAGGCUUCCUCCCUCUAUUGGAUCCUUGGUAGAACUCAAGAUGUUGUAUUUAUACAAGAACAACUUCUCUGGAGAAUUGCCUUUGUCUUUAAAGAAUUGCACAAGUUUGAUCUCAUUGAAUUUGGGGGCCAACAAGUUUUCUGGUAAUGUGCCAGUUUGGAUUGGGGAAAACUUAUCAGGGUUGUAUUUUCUAAUCCUAAGAUCAAACAACUUUUUUGGAACCAUUCCCUUACAGUCAUGUCAAUUAGCAAAUCUUCAAAUUCUAGACCUGUCAAUGAACAAUCUCCAAGGAACCAUCCCCUCAUGUUUGAGUAAUCUUACAAGUAUGGUUCAACAAGUAUUCUCAGAAGACGUAACGUAUACUAGAAUUCUAGGAACAGAGGCUGUUGUAGCUGACACAUAUAUUGUCCAUGCGAUGAUUGAGUGGCAAGGAGAUGAACGUGAAUUUUCUACCACUCUGAAAUUGGUGAAGAGCAUUGACCUGUCAAGCAACAAUUUAACAGGACAAAUCCCAUAUGAAAUUACCAAUCUUCAUGACUUGGUGUCCCUGUCCUUGUCAAAUAACAAUCUAUUUGGAGAGAUUCCGCAGAAGAUUGGUAAGAUGGAAAACCUUUUGACUUUGGAUUUAUCCAGAAACAAUUUUUCAGGAGGGAUACCACCAGACAUGUCUCAGAUGAGUUUACUGAAUUACCUAGACUUGUCAUAUAAUAACUUGUCUGGAAGAAUCCCAUCUAGCACACAACUCCAGUCCUUUCCACCUUCAACAUACAGUGGAAACGCACGUCUAUGUGGACCUCCCCUUACCAAAAAAUGUCCUGGAGAUGAAGAAUCAGAAGUACCACCUCUGAUUGGUAAAGGUGAGGGUGAUGGGGAAGACACAGAUGAUGAGAGAUGGUUUUAUCUUGGUGGGGGCAUGGGUUUUGCUACUGGAUUUUGGAUAGCAUGUGGCAGUUUACUUCUCAACCGCCGAUGGAGACAUGCAUUUUUUCACUUUUUUGAUAGCUUCAAAGAUUGGGUUUAUGUCAAGGUGGUUGUGUUCAUUGCAAAUUUUGCAAAAGGCUAG